AUGGCUGCCGGUAAGGACAGUAGUGGUAUAGAAGUGGCUGCUGAGGAUGGGCGGUGUCUUCACCUGGGGAUUCCUGAAGCUGUGUUUGUGGGAGAUGUGGAUUCCUUUAUGAAACAGCCUGGGAAUAAGACUGCAGAUACAGCAUUAAAGACACUGGAUGAACAGUAUCAGAAGUAUAAGUUUAUGGAAUUCAACCUUGCCCAAAAGAAAAGGCUAAAAGGUCAAAUUCCUGAAAUUAAGCAGACAUUGGAAAACCUAAAAUACAUGCAGAAGAAAAAGGAGUCCACCAAUUCAAUGGAGACCAGAUUCUUACUGGCAGAUAACCUGUACUGCAAAGCUUCAGUUCCUCCUACUAACAAAGUGUGCCUAUGGUUGGGGGCUAAUGUAAUGCUUGAAUAUGAUAUUGAUGAAGCUCAGGUAUUAUUGGAAAAGAAUUUAUCAACUGCUACAAAGAAUCUUGAUUCUCUUGAGGAAGACCUUGACUUUCUUCAAGAUCAAUUUACUACUACAGAAGUCAAAAGGCCAGAGUUUAUAAAUGGGAUGUAA